UUGAGUUUUAGACCUCGGUUGAAAGGUAUCAUAUGGAGCGCUGGUGCAACAAAGUGGCCGUGGUGAGCGGAGCCAGUGCCGGAAUUGGUGCGGCUUGCACCAGGACUCUAAUCGGGGCAGGAAUGGUAGUUGUGGGCCUGGCAAGGCGACAGGAGCGAGUGGAGCAGCUCCGGAGUGAACUGAGUCCCGAACAGCAGUCCCGGUUGCAUUCAAUCAAGUGCGAUAUUACACAGGAGGAUCAGGUACUGAAGGCUUUCGAUUGGACAAGCCGGAAUUUAGGAGGUGUGGACGUGUUGGUGAGUAAUGCCGGUAUUAUAGGCACCGGAGAACUCAGUGAACGGAAGGACGGUGCCGCUAUGAGGUCCACCAUAGAGACAAACAUCAUGGGCACCGUUUACUGCAUCCGCGAGGCCUUCCAUUCGAUGAGAAAUCGGGGAUCCGAAGGUCACGUGGUCAUUGUGAAUAGCGUGGCGGGUUUCCAGGUGCCCAACCUUGGUCCCCAGCUCCCUUCGCUUAAUAUCUAUCCGGCCACCAAGUUUGCCCUUCGCGCCAUGAACGAGAUCUACCGACAGGAGUUCCAGCGACACAAGACCCCGGUUAGGGUUUCGACCGUAAGUCCCGGCAUGGUUGAUACGGACAUCCUACCGGACCAGAUACAGAAUGUUGUCAAACAGCACAUGCCCAUGUUGCGAAGUAUUGACGUCGCUGAUGCGGUUAUGUGGGUUAUCGGCACUCCGCCUAACGUUCAGGUCCAAAACAUAACCAUCAAGCCUCAAGGUGAAAAGUUCUAGUCCGGUCUAUAAUUUAGAAAAAUGCAAUCGACAACAAAAACGUUUUACCCAAUAAUACAAUAUUGUUCAAUAAAAGGAAAGGAAUAAAAAGAGUUUGCCAUAUUUUAAA